UUUGCUUCAAAGCCAACCGAAUCUCACUCGUUUCCUCCAUUACCUCCUCACAUAUACUUCACAAUACAUCAUUCUCUCUCUCUCUCUCUUUUGCCUACACUACACACCUGUAUAAUAUACUAACAUUAUCCUUAUAUAUAACUUCCAAGGUUGGAAAAGAAACCCUGGCAAAACCAAAAUUAUAACUAUAUAUUUAGGUUAUAUUUAUAUACUCUUCUUCACGGGUUAUACAUGCACCUUUAAACCUUUCUCUCACACCACUAAUAUAUAUUUCAUUCCUUCAUUCAUCUCUUACCUUACCUUACACCCUCUUCUCUUUAUUCUCUCUCAAAUUACAUUUAGUACUAAAAAAAAUAUGCAAGUCUUGGAAGAUCAAGUCUUGAUGGUUUCCAAGGAUCAUACACAACAAAUUAUUAAAGGAAAACGAACAAAGCGUCAAAGGCUUCCAUCUCCACUUAGGUUAACUAUGCCCGUUUCGAAUUCUUGCAAUGAAGGUACAAGUUAUGAUAAUAACAACAAUAAUUCAGGAGGAAUUGAGUUUGUUAAAAUUGAUUCGCGUGACCGAUCAGAAGAAGAAAAAGAGGAAGAAGAAGAUUUGGCGAAUUGUCUCAUUCUAUUAGCUCGAGGUCAUAAUCAUCGUCAUGAUUAUCAAAACACACAUGUAUCAAAUCAUCGAGAUCACAAUAACAACAAAUCUUCGAAUUUUUAUCUUUACGAAUGCAAGACUUGCAAUCGUUGUUUCCCUUCAUUCCAAGCACUUGGUGGACAUAGAGCAAGUCAUACCAAACCUAACAAGGCAAAUUGUAAUGUUGCACAACAAAAACAAGCAGUUACAACAUCUUCUUUUGUUGAUGAUCAUUAUGAUCCAACCAUGAAUACCAUACUCUCUUUGCAAGCCUUCGCCGCGACCCCUAUUACUACUAUUCCUACUACAAAAAAAUCAAAAGUUCAUGAGUGUUCGAUAUGUGGUGCCGAAUUCUCAUCGGGGCAAGCGUUAGGGGGACAUAUGCGGAGACAUAGGAAUCUUGUGAACACAUCUACAACGACGACAACAACAACGACUUCUAUGAGUUUGAGUAUUGGUAGUCCUAAAUCUCAUGAAGCUAAGAAACCUAGAAAUGGUUUUAAGUUGGAUUUGAAUCUUCCAGCUCCAGAAGUUGAUCAAAAAGAUCAAUCCAAGUUUUCGUUUCAGCCUAGAGAAAAUGUUAUUGCUUUCUCUAAUUCUUCUUUGGUGGAUUGCCAUUACUAAAGUUCCUCAAGGCAUUAGUUGAUUGACAUUAUUUUUUAUUUUACUUUUUACUUGUUCAGUUAAACUUGUAUAUGUUGAUAAUUCUUUCCAUUCAUUCUACAUUGAAAUUGAAAUUUGAAUUUAUUCA